AUGAAGUUCCUCUCGAUCAUUUGCUUUUCCGUGCCUUUGGUAUUAGGUUCGAUCAACACUCGCGAAUCCCAUGGCACUGUCCCAAUCAACUCCUACAAUUACACGGCUCUCGGAGGUCCUCUGAACUGGUAUGGAUUAGAUCCAACAGCCAAUUCUGCAUGUGCAGAGGGAUCACAUCAAUCGCCCAUCGAUAUCGUCACGGAUUCGAUUGAUUAUACCUCUCCUGGAACCGUGAAUCUAAACAUCACCAAUGUCCCCUCGGCAGAAUUUGAGAACCUGGGAACCACCGUUGAAGUGGUCAUCACUAAUGGAUCAUUGGUCGCAAAUGGCACCACCUACACCCUUGCACAAUUUCAUUUCCACACCCCUAGUGAACACCGGAUCAAUGAGGAAUACUAUCCGAUGGAGGCUCAUUUCGUUUUCGGGUCCGAAGACGGCCAAAAUGCAGUUGUCGCCUUCUUGAUCGAGCUCUCUACAAACGGCGAUACCACUCCUCUCUUGAGCUCCGUCUUCUCUUCUUUGAGCGAAAUUGCGACCCCCGGCACAUAUACCGAAACUGGUUCUCUUGACUUCACUGGAAUAGUUCAAAGCUUCAACAGCUAUGGCGUCUAUACCUACAAUGGCUCGCUGACAACCCCUCCGUGUAGCGAAAAUGUUCUCUGGUUCAUCAGCUCGCAGCCUUUAUGGGUCAGUGCUAAACAGUAUCGGGCUGUAAAGGGGGUAUUGAAAUUCAAUGCUCGGUACACUCAGGAUUCUUUGGGCCAGCCAAAUCUGUUAGAAGUUGCUGCUAGCGAGUUGCACUAG